CGCGACCGGAGCCGCAGACUGGAGCCGCGGUUUACGCACGGAAACAGCUGAUUCCCCAGCUCCACGUACACGCACCACCACGGAGCCGGCCAUGGACGAGAUGGAGGAAGAGCUGAAGUGCCCGGUGUGCGGCUCCUUCUACCGGGAGCCCAUCAUCCUGCCCUGCUCGCACAGCAUCUGCCUGGCCUGUGCGCGCAACAUCCUGGUGCAGACGCCGGAGGCUGAGUCCCCGCAGAGCAGCCGCGCGUCCGGAUCAGGCGUCUCCGACUACGACUACCUGGAUCUGGAUAAGAUGAGCUUGUACAGCGAGGCGGAUAGCGGAUACGGAUCCUACGGGGGCUUCGUGAGCGCGCCCACCACCCCGUGCCAAAAGUCCCCCAACGGGGUGCGCGUUUUCCCCCCGACCGUCCCGCAGCAGCAGCUUCAGCAUCAGCAUCAGCAGCAUCAGCAUCAGCACCAGCAUCACCUCCUCCUGCACCCUGGCGGCCCCGCAACAACCAUCCCCCGCAACUCCUGCCUCACCUGCCCGCAGUGCCACCGCAGCCUGAUCCUGGACGAGCGGGGUCUGCGCGGCUUCGCCCGGAACCGCGUCCUGGAGGGGGUGGUGGAGCGCUACCAGCAGAGCCGGGCGGCCGCGCUGCGCUGCCAGCUGUGCGAGGACCAGCUGCCCCGGGAGGCCACGGCCAUGUGCGAGCAGUGCGACGUGCUGUACUGCGACCCGUGCCGGCUGCGCUGCCACCCGCCCCGCGGCCCGCUGGCGCAGCACCGCCUGCUGCCGCCGGCGCAGGGCCGCCUGGGCCGGCGCGCCGGGCCCAGGAAGACCUCCACCUGCACGGAGCACGAGCUGGAGAACCUCAGCAUGUACUGCGUGCAGUGCAAGACGCCCGUGUGCUACCAGUGUCUGGAGGAGGGCCGGCACGGCGCGCACGAAGUCAAGGCGCUGGGCGCCAUGUGGAAGCUGCACAAGGGUCAGCUGUCCCAGGCUCUGAACGGCCUGUCAGACCGGGCCACCGAGGCCAAGGAGUUCCUGGUCCAGCUGCGGAACAUGGUGCAGCACAUUCAGGAAAACGGCGUGGAGUUUGAGGCGUGCUUGGUGGCGCAGUGUGACGCUCUCAUCGACGCCCUGAACCGACGCAAGGCCCAGCUGCUGGCCCAGGUGAACAAGGAGCACGAGCACAAGCUGAAGGUGGUCCGGGACCAGAUCUCCCACUGUACGGUGAAGCUGCGCCAGACCACCGGGCUGAUGGAGUACUGCCUGGAGGUGAUCAAGGAGAACGACCCCAGCGGGUUCCUGCAGAUAUCGGACGCUCUGAUCCGGCGGGUGCACAUGACGGAGAGCCAGUGGGGGAAGGGCACGCUCACCCCCAGGAUGACCAGUGACUUCGACCUGACCCUGGACAGCGGGCCGCUCCUGCAGACCAUCCACCAGCUGGACUUCGUACAGAUGAAAGUCCCAGCCGCUCCGAUGCUCCAGCUGGAGGAAUGCUGCACUCAGAACAACAGCGCCACGUUGUCAUGGAAACAGCCGCCGCUCUCCACCAUCGCCGUGGAGGGAUAUAUUCUGGAGCUGGACGACGGCAACGGAGGGCCCUUCCGGGAAGUGUACGUGGGGCCGGAGACCAUCUGCACGGUGGACGGGCUGCACUUCCACAGCACCUACAAGUCCAGGGUGAAGGCCUUCAACGCCAGCGGGGUCGGCCAGUACAGCAAGACGCUCAUCAUGCAGACCUCCGAGACUGGACUCCCUCCAUGCGAUAUUCAGUCUCUAGGCACAGUCGCCUGGUUCACCUUCGACUCGGCGUCGGCUCACCCCGACAUCCUGCUCUCCAACGACAACCUGACGGUGACGUGCAACAGCUACGACGACCGCGUGGUGAUGGGCAACGCCUCCUUCUCCCGCGGCGUGCACUACUGGGAGAUCACGGUGGAUCGCUACGACAACCACCCCGACCCGGCCUUCGGCGUCGCCCGGGGCGACGUCCUGAAGGACGUGAUGCUGGGCAAGGACGACAAGGCCUGGGCCAUGUACGUGGACAACAACCGCUCCUGGUUCAUGCACAACAACUCCCACACCAACAGGACGGACGGCGGCAUCACCAAAGGCUCCACCAUCGGGAUUCUGCUGGACUUCUCCCGCCGGAUCGUGCUGUUCCUCAUCAAUGACGAGCAGCAGGGUCCGGUCGCCUUCGAGGGCCUGGAGGGGGCGUACUACCCGGCCAUCAGCCUCAACCGGAACGUCCAGGUCACGCUGCACACCGGUCUCCCCAUCCCGGACUUUUACACUCCUGGGGAGGCCGACCCCACCGGCUCGUCCUGCUGAGGACUCACCGCUGCCC